AUGGCGCGUCACACGCGCGCUCACCAAGACACCCUUCUCACACGACUGGAAGCAUGGGGGUACCCGUUGCCGUACCCGCCUAGAGACCAACGUUUCUCCCUUCUGCCCACGUUACCUCACUCUUUCCCCUUCCCCGCCCGCCUUUCCUCCCUCCUCGCUGCCAUCCGUGCUGCUGUGAAUCCUGGAGGCCUCCAGAGCGACCGAGCCGGUGCAGGGCUUCCACCUCGUCCGUUCCCUUUUCUGCCCCUCAUACCGCGCGCUUUUCCCUUUCCUCUUUCCCUUUUCUGCCCCUCAUACCGCGCGCUUUCCCCUUUCCUCUUUCCCUUUUCUGCCCCUCAUACCGCGCGCUUUCCCCUUUCCUCUUCCCCUUUUCUGCCCCUCAUACCGCGCGCUUUCCCCUUUCCUCUUUCCCUUUUCUGCCCCUCAUACCGCGUGCUUUUCCCUUUCCUCUUUCCCUUUUCUGCCCCUCAUACCGCGCGCUUUCCCCUUUCCUCUUUCCCUUUUCUGCCCCUCAUACCGCGCGCUUUCCCGUUUCCUCUUUCCCUUUUCUGUCCCUCAUACCGCACGCUUUCCCCUUUCCUCUUUCCCUUUUCUGCCCCCCCAUACCUCGUGCUUUCCCCUUUCCGUUUUCCCUUUUCUGCCCCUCAUACCGCGCGCCGCUUUCCCCUUUCCUCUUUCCCUUUUCUGCCCCUCAUACCACGCGCGCGCUUUUCCCUUUCCUCUUUCCCUUUUCUGCCCCUCAUACCGCACGCUUUCCCCUUUCCUCUUUCCGUUUUCUGCCCCUCAUACUGCGCGCUUUCCCCUUUCCUCUUUCCCUUUUCUGCCCCUCAUACCGGGCGCUCGCUUUUCCCUUUCCUCUUUCCCUUUUCUGCCCCUCAUACUGCGUGCUUUCCCCUUUCCUCUUUCCCUUUUCUGCCCCUCAUACCGCGCGCUUUCCCCUUUCCUCUUUCCCUUUUCUGCCCCUCAUACCGCGCGCUUUCCCCUUUCCUCUUUCCCUUUUCUGCCCCUCAUACCGCGCGCUUUCCGCUUUCCUCUUUCCGUUUUCUGCCCCUCAUACCGCGCGCUUUCCCGUUUCCUCUUUCCCUUUUCUGCCCCUCAUACCGCACGCUUUCCCCUUUCCUCUUUCCCUUUUCUGCCCCCCAUACCUCGCGCUUUCCCCUUUUCGUUUUCCCUUUUCUGCCCCUCAUACCGCGCGCCGCUUUCCCCUUUCCUCUUUCCCUUUUCUGCCCCUCAUACCGCGCGCUUUCCCCUUUCCUCUUUCCCUUUUCUGCCCCUCAUACUGCGCGCUUUCCCCUUUCCUCUUUCCCUUUUCUGCCCCUCAUACCGCGCGCUUUUCCCUUUCCUCUUUCCCUUCUCUGCCCCUCAUACCGCGCGCUUUUCCCUUUCCUCUUUCCCUUCUCUGCCCCUCAUACCGCGCGCUUUCCCCUUUCCUCUUUCCCUUUUCUGCCCCUCAUACCGCGCGCUUUCCCGUUUCCUCUUUCCCUUUUCUGUCCCUCAUACCGCAUGCUUUCCCCUUUCCUCUUUUCCUUCUCUGCCCGUCAUACCGCGCGCUUUUCCCUUUCCUCUUUCCCUUUUCUGCCCCUCAUACCGCGCGCUUUCCCCUUUCCUCUUUCCCUUUUCUGCCCCUCAUACCGCGCGCUUUCCCCUUUCCUCUUUCCCUUUUCUGCCCCUCAUACCGCGCGCUUUCCCCUUUCCUCUUUCCCUUUUCUGCCCCUCAUACUGCGCACUUUCCCCUUUCCUCUUUCCCUUUUCUGUCCCUCAUACCGCACGCUUUCCCCUUUCCGUUUUCCCUUUUCUGCCCCUCUUACCGCGCGCUUUCCCCUUUCCUCUUUCCCUUUUCUGCCCCUCACACUGCGUGCUUUCCCCUCUCCUCUUUCCCUUUUCUGCCUCUCAUACUCUCACUCCCACCUCCAGCCCCUCCCACCCUUCCCAUCCCCCCCCAACUUCUCCCUGCCUGCCUGCGGCCAUCAGGAGCUGGACAUACUGCACGCCUCAAUAGUCUGUGCCUCUCCUUCCGCUUCUGUGCCUUCCUUCUCUCCCUCUCUCUUCACCCCCUCCCACCCCUCCCAACCCCCACCACCUCCCACCCCUCCCACCCCUCCCACCCAUCCCUCCACCCCCACCACCUCCACCCCCCACCACCUCCCACUCCUCCCACCCCUCCCACCCCUCCCACCCCUCCCACCCCUCCCUCCAACCCCUCCCUCACCUCCCUGUGCCCAUCAGGAGCUGGAGCUGGGCAUACUGGAGGCAUCGAGGGAUCUGUCCGCCUCGCAGGAGAGCAAGCCCGCUACCCCGCGCAGCGAGGUGAGGAGGGCACCGAGGCAGCGGGAGCUGCUGCUGCCACAACGCAAGUCAGCUCGCAUGGCGGCCAAGGGGGAACGACCAAGAUACGUUGAGGAGGUUGAAGUCAAGCCAAUGGCUCGUUCAAGCAAGGUGCGAGCAAGCAGUGGUGCAAACUCCUCUCAACCGAGGCAGGUGACAUCUGCAGAGGCGCAGGAGGCGGCUCUGAGGGCGGCAGGCAGGCUCAUGGACGCCCUGCCCUCCCCGUGCAUGUGCAAGCACAUCCAUCCGUCUCAGAUGUCCGGCGGUUUCUGGCUGGGCCUGAACAGAAGCUUCUGCACGGCACACCUCCCUCGCAGCAUUGCCACUCUCACUCUCAAAGUCGACCCGCCACAAGGCACUACAGAUUCCAAGGAUAGCAUUGAAGCCAAUCCCUCUCAGGCCACCAGCGAGGUGACUUUUGAGUCGACUCAAAAUUCCCCUGAUUCCAAGAGCAGCAGUGCAGCAGCUGAGUUCUCUCAAGGCACUGGCGGCGAUUCAAAAGACAGCACCGGAGGAAAGGGAGACGGGGAUGGGGAGGGAAAGAAGACAGAUGUGAAAGCAGAUCGAAAACAGGCGAGGAGUGGAAAGCAGGAGCCGCAGGAGGGGGGUUCGGAGGAGGGGGAGUUUCAGCAGCUGCUGGGGGAGAGGAGGGCGGUGAUGGGGGGGGUGUAUGCGGUUGGGGAGGGCGAGUGGCGAGCCACAUACCUGCCGCACAAGACAGGGUUGAGUGGCGGGUGGCGGGGGUUUGCUUUGGAUCAGGAGCUGGAUGCGGGUGAUGCCGUGGUGUUUGAGAAGAUGGACCCGCACACACUCAAGGUUCACAUCUUCAGAGCAGCAGACUUCGAAGAGCAGGCACUGGAGAUCAAGUCGGAGGGCAGGGGAUGGAAUCUGGGAGAAGGGGAUGGAAUUUGGGAGAAGGGGAUGGAAUCUGGGAGAAGGGGAUGGAAUCUGGAAGAAGGGGAUGGAAUCCGGGGGAAGGGGAUGGAAUCUGGGAGAAGGGGAUGGAAUAUGGGAGAAGGGGAUGGAAUCUGGGAGAAGGGGAUGGAAUCUGGGAGAAGGGGAUCGAAUCUGGGAGAAGGGGAUGGAAUCUGGGAGAAGGGGAUGGAAUUUGUGAGAAGGGGAUGGAAUCUGGGAGAAGGAGAUGGAAUCUGGAAGAAGGGGGUGGAAUCUGGGAGAAGGAGAUGGAAUGAGGGAGAAGGGGAUGGAAUCUGGGAGAAGGGGAUGGAAUCCGGGAGAAGGGGAUGGAGUCUGGGAGGGCGGGAUGGAAUCUGGGAGAAGGGGAUAGAAUGA